AUAACACCAUUUGGCAUUAAUUUUUAAAGAACACGUAAGUUAACAACAGGACUAAUGUCAUCUACAACUACAUUUUAACAGAAAGAGUAGAUGAUUACACAGAAUGAUGGCAGGGGAAGAAAGAUAGAGUGACCAAACUAAGAUAAAAUGAAGAGAAAUGGGACUAAAUUCACCAUUAACACAACAAGAUGUACAAAACACUUUCUCUUUUGAACAAUCAGAGAGUUUUCUUGCAUGAGAGAGGUCAGAUUGUCGAGCCCUAGAGUGGAUGUUGAAGACCUCUCAUGUUAAUAACAAACAACCAAACGUACAAACAAUGUGUGUCCAAAUUCCAAAAGCAACCUGGCUUACUAUGACCUAUCUAUCUAUCUCUCUUGUAAAAGCAGGAGAAAAGCAGAGCAAAAUUAACCUGACCUCACUUGCCCUCUCUGCUUUGCCCUUUGUAAUACCAUUUUCAAUACUGCAAUAACAAACAACAAAAUCCUAAAACGAAGUGCAAAAGCUCUUUUUUUUUUUUUUUUUUUUUUUUUAUCUCUUAACCAGAACCUCCCCACUUUAAUCUCUCCCUCCCUUUAACCUGCUAUAAAAACUCACCUCUAAACCCUAAAAAUAAGCCAGCGCCAACCCCAUCUCUUCUCUCUCUUUCAGAGCUCUCCCAUCUAGCCUUUUCUUUCAAAUAUGGAAGCUCUCUACUUCCUCAAGUUCUGGAGACCCACCACCACCACCACCACCACCAACACUCAUAAAGAAAACCGACCCUCUAGUGGAAGCAGUGAUGACACCACCGAGAUCCCAUUCACAGAUUAUGAAUUUGAAGAUGGAGAAGACUCGUUUUUUGAAUUGGAACUUACUGUGCCUGAUUUUGACACCAAUAAAUGCGGCAGCAACAACACCACCAACAUCAACAACAACCCACUAGACAAAGAAAGCAACGUCUUUGACUCUAAACAAGCGCCUCUCCACAAAUUAGUUGACAAAGAGAGCCACAACCCUCAACACACAUUUCAGCAGCCAACGCUUUCAACCGAUCAUCUCCUUUCAAAGAGAAAAAUCCUCCCUAUCGAACCCAUUUCUUCAUCAAAACCUCAGUCACCAAUCUCCUUGCUAAAAUCAGCUCCAAGGUUUAAAGUCCUCAUGUUCAAGAAAUCAAAGUCAAUGGCAUCACAGAAAACAGAGAAAACAGGGGAAACGGAGUCCUUCAAUGCAAAUAGCAAAAAACACGAAAGCAACAAGUUUUUUACUGUCAAACUCAAGCUUGAAGAGGUUACGAACGCUUCUUUUUUCACUAAACAAAACAGCUUGAGGAAGCAAUUCGCUAAUGAUUCUUAUGAUAAUGAUACAUCAAAGAGAUUUUCAAAGGAAGUGAUACAAAAGUACUUAAAGCUAAUCAAGCCAUUAUACAUCAAAGUUUCCAAGAGACAAAGCGACAAGAUGAGAUUCUCCGGUGAGUUAUCAGUUGGGUCUCCAUCAUCUUCCUCAGCAACGGUGCCGGCAAAGGAAAAGCAGGGGAGUUUUCCUGCAGGGAUUAGAGUGGUUUCUAGGCAUCUUGGGAAGAGCAAAUCAGCUUCAGCGACCACAGGAGUUUCUCCUCCAAUUGGGAGCAGGAGAGAUGAUUCUUUGCUGCUGCAGAAUGAUGGGAUUCAAAGUGCUAUCCUGCAUUGCAAGAAAUCUUUCAAUUCUUCUAGAGAUUCUUCUUUAAUGUCAAGAUUUUCAAGUGACCCUUUGCACGAGAAAUCAAUGGCUUCACCAAGAAUUUCAUCAAGUGAAGAGAAAGCAACCAAUUAAGCUUUAUUUCAUGGCAUUCAAGAGAGAACAAGCGGGAAAUAUACAAAGAAAAGAAAUUUAUUAGAUUUUUUUUUCGUUUUUAUCAUGUAAAGAGAAAGAAAUGGAAAAAAAUAGAGAAAGCAGGGUAGUUUUUGGUCUUUUUAGCCAUGAAUCAUGUAAGUUAGGAGGGAAGACAUUAGGGUUUAUUAGAGCUGCUGUUGAUGCUGUAGUCUGUAAAGUGAUGGGUCAUCAUGAGAAACUUGAAACGAAGUCUGAGAUUGGAUCUCUGGCGUAUCCAAUCUAUAUGUAGUCUGCAGCUGUGUAUUAUGUUACCCAUGGAAAUAUUUUAGAUUGUCCUUCCUUGUCAAGAAUGUAAUCAUAUCUGGAUUUGAUGACUGAAAUGACUUGAUCGGUUUGCACUAUGCAGUAAAA